AACAUCUAAAGUACUGUGGAAGCACCACUUAAAUGUUUUUUUUCUGCUUGUUUUCCAAUUCAAUGACGACAGGACCACUGGCCAUGUUGUCUCUCCUAAAGAAGAAGUUUUUUUUUCUUGUUUAGAUAAUGAUCUAAAGAAGUGAUCAGCCUCACGAAGAAGACAGACAAGGUUUGUUACCGACACACAGGUCAGGCUUAUCAUCUUCUCCAGCACUGCACCGAACCCUUCAGAUUCUUUAUGAAAAAUAUGGGUUGUGCUAAUAAAUUCUCUAUGUGGUGUGUUUCUUACUUACUAUUUGCUGCUUAUGUUCUGGUUUUGUGUGACACAUGAACGAGAGCUUUUGGUGCCUCGAAUUUGGAAGACAGAUUGUUGUUCAAUUAAUCCUCACACAGCAUACACACAGAUUAUAGCUAUAUCUGAUAUCAGUUGAAGCUAUACUUCUCCUUUUUCAGGCACAGAAACCUGCAAUGGAUUCAACGACCCUUAGCCAUCUCCACUUUGUUUUCAUCCCCCUAAUGGCCCCGGGUCAUCUUCUCCCCAUGGUAGACAUGGCCAAAUUGUUGGCACAGCGCCAAGUGAAAGUAAGCAUAGUGACCACACCCCUCAAUUCCAUCCAAUUCCAAGAUAGCAUAGACAAAGAGAUUCAAUCUGGUUCACCAAUUCAAAUUUUAAAUGUUCAAUUUCCUUGUGCUGAAGCUGGAAUACCAGAGGGAUGUGAGAGCGUAGACACUUUGCCUUCAAUGGAUCUACUAAACAACUUCAACACCGCCUUAGACUUGUUGCAGCAACCACUGCAAGAGCUACUUGAACAGCAAAGUCCCUUCCCAAGCUGCAUAAUUGCCGACAAAUAUAUCAUGUGUGUGUCUGAAGUUGCAAACAAGUUGAAUGUCCCAAUAAUAGUAUUUGACGGAACCAGUUGUUUCUUUCUCCUGUGCAAUUACAAUUUACAAAAGGAUAAAGUCUACGAAGCUGUAGCAGCUGAAGAGAAAUUUCUCAUCCCCGGAAUUCCCCAUAGAAUUGAAUUGCAAAGAUCUCAGCUCCCUGGGAUAUUCAAUCCCGGCACAAACCACGAGUUGAAUGUUCGACGCGAGAAAGUAAUGGAAGUUGCAGAAAAAUCAUAUGGGAUAGUGGUUAAUAGUUUUGAAGAGUUGGAAGCAGAAUACGUUGAAGAGUAUCAAAGAUUGUCGGGUCAUAAAGUAUGGUGUGUUGGCCCUGUGUCAUUGUCCAACAGGGAUGAUAUUGACAAGUCUCUAAGAAGUAGGAGAAACUCAAGUUCUGAGAAUGAAUAUGUGAAGUGGCUAGAUUCAUGGUCUCCGAGGUCAGUGAUUUAUGUCUGCUUUGGUAGCCUAAACCGUGCAACACCAGAGCAGUUGAUAGAACUCGGGAUAGGAUUGGAAGCGACAAAAAGGCCAUUCAUUUGGGUGCUUAGAGGUGCAUAUGGAAGAGAGGAGAUGGAGAAAUGGCUGUUGGAAGAUGGGUUUGAAGAAAGGGUGAAAGGGAGAGGGCUUUUGAUCAAGGGUUGGGUGCCACAAGUGUUGAUCUUAUCACAUAGAGCAAUAGGAGUGUUCGUGACACAUUGUGGAUGGAAUUCCACACUCGAAGGGAUUUGUGCUGGCGUGCCAUUGGUAACUUUUCCUCUGUUUGCUGAACAGUUCCUCAAUGAGCAAUUUGUUGUACGAGUGGUGAAGAUUGGGGUGAGUGUGGGGGCUGAAUCUGUUGUGCAUUUGGGAGAGGAACAUGAGUCUCGGGUUCAGGUAACUAGAGAAACUAUUAAGGAUUCUAUUGAGAAGGUAAUGGGUGAAGGCCAAGAACAAGAAGAGAGAAGGGAAAGGGUUAGAAAGUAUGCAGAUAUGGCAAGGAAAGCAAUAGAACGAGGUGGUUCUUCUUACCGCAACAUGUCCCUACUAAUUGAUGACAUUGUGCAUGUCAAAAGGUUACACCAAAGCUAAGUAAGACAAAAAUGGAUUCAUCCUUUGUUUGUUUUGCAUUGUGUUGUAAGGUGGAAUAGUUUUGUUAAGUUUGUGUAUUACCAAAAUCCAAACAACUGUUCCAGGUUUGUUGUGUUGUCCAUCUUAGUCAUUUGUCGGGAGUUUGGUGUUUUAAAUAUCAACAUCAAUGUAAUUUUGGACUUAUAGCA